AUGACGAGUUCGGCUUAUUACUCGAACAGUGAUUACUGGGGUUAUCAUCCGGUCAGUGAACUCCGUCCGGAUCACUCCAUGUACCCGACCUCAACGUGUCACCAGGUUCCCCAGUCCCAUCCCCAGAGUUAUCUAAGUGAUGGGCCUGUUAGUAAUAAUCCGCCGUUGAGCCUUCUGGAGACGGUCCUUCGUCAUGGGAAGGAGGCUAUCAGCGCUAGCUAUCCGAGACGCAGCCCAGUGUUGUCAUCCUCGCAAACCCCUUCGUUCCGGCCGUCGCAAUCACCCCCAAGUGUCCUGGAGUCUCUCCUGCAGAAGCCCGUGGAAGCCAUCAACGAGAGCUACCCGAAUCCGUCAGGAAAUCCAAGUCCCAGUCAUCCUAGCUCCUCCCAAAUCCCGUGUCAUACUCCUCCGUACACGCCGUCUUCCUCCUCCGAUCGAAAUUCACCGAUGAGUGGAGUGAUGAUCGACUCUUCCUCGCAGGAGAGGUACCCCAGGUCAGCAGAAUACACUGGAAUCAAUUAUGCGCAGUACCAAGCUUACGCCUCGCAGACAAGGGCUCUUGAAAAUCCAGCAUCUCAGGUCAAUCCAGCUUCGCCCCCCUACGAGGUACAUCCUGGGUACUCAACAUACGUAAAUAAUAAUAAUGGAAAAGCCAGUCCGACUGGCUCGUGCGACUACGAGGAUCCUCACCAAAAAAUGGGUGACUAUGCCUGGAUGAAGUCAACUUAUACCUCCGACGUCAAUGGAGUGGGACAGAAGCGAACGAGACAAACCUACAGCCGUCAACAGACACUCGAGCUGGAGAAAGAGUUCCACUACAACAAGUAUCUGACGAGAAAGAGGAGAGUCGAGAUAGCGGGGACGCUGCAGCUGACGGAGAGGCAGAUCAAAAUUUGGUUCCAGAACAGGAGGAUGAAGGCGAAGAAAGAUGGUAAGCUUGGAGGCUUUAGUCUCGAUGGAGUGGAGGAUGUUGGGGGUGGACAAGCCGAGUCCAUGAUGAUGGCAUCACCCAAUACAAUGGCUCAUCACCUGGCGACAAGUUCACUGGAGCAACCCAGCAGUCUUCAUCAGCAGCAACAGCAGCAGCAGUUGCAUGCUGCUUACCUCAGCUAUCAGCAGCACCAGGGGCAUUUAUACUCCAAUCAGGAGUAUGGACAUCAUCAGAUGCAGGGGUAUGGGCUUCAGGGGAAGCUGAACCUUGGUGCGGGGUCGUGA